AUGUCACCAUAUCAUUUGGUGUUUGGUAAAGCUCGCCAUUUACUGGUGGAACUUGAGCACCUUGCUUAUUUGGCUAUUCAAACACUCAACAUGAAUUUGCAACUUGCAGGAGAAAAGAGAAUGUUGCAGUUAAAUGAAUUAGAAGAGAUGCACUUAUUCUCUCAUGAAAAUGCUAAACUUUACAAGGAGAAAACAAAAAGAUGGCACGACAAGCAUAUUCAACCAAAAGUGUUUGAAGAGGGAAAGCUCAAGUCAAGAUGGUCGGGCCCAUUCUUGGUGGUUAAGGUGUAUCCCUAUGGAGCGGUGGAAUUGCGUGAAGAAGGCUCCAUAAGGGAAUUCAAGGUUAAUUGCCAAAGACUCAAGCCUUAUUGGGGAGGUGAGGUUGAGCGAAACAAGUGCUCAAUCUCUUUGGAGGAUCCUUAA